AUGGCGGCGGUAACCUCGUCCUCGCGCAUGCUCCUCGCCCAUCGCGACUUUUCCCGCAACCUCGACCACGUCUCUAACAUCUCGGCCUCCUUCACUUGCAACCUCACUGCCCUCCAAGACACUCUGCAAACCACCUUCCAAAACGCUCUUGCUAACAUCCCGCGCUCUCACAGCACUCUCGACGAUCUCCUUCCCCCACGCAACCUCUACAAGAACCACAGCGAUAACUCUGGCAUCUGGCGCCCUGCUUCCUCCAUCUACUCCGACGGCGACAACUACACCUCCCCGAUCUCGCCAAACUUCGCAAACGUGGCUGCCCGAAACACCUACACCUCCGCCGUGGCGGACAUCUCACCUCCGAGCUCUCCUGACAUGGAGGCUCACAGGGAUGGAACCCCCACGCAGGGCCGUGGCAAUGUCUCGCCCAUGGACGAGAGCCCGGACAUGUCGCAGCUCGAUAUCAACGGCGCCCACCACCAGGCUCAGCAAAAGACAAAUAUCCCCAUGAUGCGCCGCGAACGUCGCAAGAAUCAAGAAGCAGCCGCCGCUCAUACGCUCCGAGAGACCAAAUCCCAGCAACGCUUGCGGAUCCAGCGCGAGACCAAGUGGGAUGACAUGACGGGCGAACCCACGUCCCGGACCACGGGCCGUGCGGGUCAAGUCAGGCCACAAGAGUAUGCCCAGGAGUUUGGUGCAAAUUCGCAGUUCGGCAAGUCCCCGGCCGCAAUGAGAGCCAUGCAGAACGCACCACAGGCGCAGCAAACCUUUGGUGAUCGUCUGCGAAGAUUGAGGCCCGUCAGCGGAAGCCCAAAGCAACAGCAACAGCAACAGCAACAGCAACAGCAACAGCAACAGCAACAGCAGCCGCCGCAGUCGCCGCCCCAAGCAUCAACGGCACCCGAUGUCAUUGACGAGCGCCCACCAUGGCGAGGUGCAAGCGGACGAGCGCCCAUCGUGAGCCCAGUCCGUGACACAAAGCCUGCAGCACCUCUCAACAUCCCUCCCAAGAGCACCAGACGCGCCGCCGUUGGGCCUCGGCUGCCCAUCGCAGGUGUCAAUUCACCACUGUCCCCUGUCAGCCCCUCGGGAUCUGAAACGUCACCACGGUCGAGGACGCCCACCAUCAGAACUGUCUUCAACGCUCCCCGCCAGCUGACUACUGCUUCUAACGCUUCCUCUCCUACCGCCGCUCGCACCCCUCCACCCGCACAGUCGGCAUAUCCCAGUCCUCCCAACUCGGGCGCUGGAGUCCAAUCGCCCGUCCAUGCGACGCCCGAAGCCACUAAUGACGCCAAUGUCACGAAGAGACAGCCCCCAUCCCUGACGGGCCUGCCCGCUGCCCCUAAUGCACAUCUCGGCCUCGACAGGGCUUUACGAAGAAAGCCUCCUCCUACCAACUCGCAUGCGCUUCACGCUCCGCAGCCCUCCUAUUCCUCAAGCGUCUACUCAGAACAGACUGUUCACGCACCCGCCAGCACUCACGAACGAUCGCCGCCUCGCGCUCCUGCAGCAGCCCAACGCGAAGCUGCCGCUGCAGCCAAGCAAACUGACCCCUGGGCCCAGCCUCCCUCGAGAUUCAGCGUUACUACCUACGCGACUUCAGCCGAUCCCGAUACGCCUCGCGAAUCUGCAGAGACGGAUCGGCCUCCGGUACCAUCCCUCCCGACGCCACCGCAACAGCAAAAGGACGGUGUAAUGAACCGCAGACGACCACCUGUACUCAAGUCCACGAGCCCUUCCAUCAACCCAGACCAGCCCAUUGUCAUCUCCAUGUCGUCCCCCUACAUGUCGGGCGCCUUUACUGAAGACACGUCGCCGCCGCCUGCCCGAACCCAGCUGCCCAGCCAGAAGCACCCGCUGCCUAGAACGAGCUCUGCCAGCCUGUACAGCAACUCGAGCCGCCCGGAGUCGGUUUGGUCUACUAGCAAAGCCUUGCCUCCGCCGCCGACUGAGCUCUCCAUGGUCAACGAUCGCGUGGGCUACCUCAACGCCCGGUUGGAGUCGUUGGGCAAUCGCCGCAUCAACAUCAACCAGGCCAUCAAGCAAAUGACGGAGCUUAUGCCGACCGACAGUAUCUUGGCCAGCGAGGCCGUCCUUAGGAAACGCGAGGCCGAGAAGCGCAAGGUGGAGGCACUCAAAGUUGAGCUUGCUGAAGUCCAGCGAGAGGAGUACGAGAUUGGCCUCAAGUUGCACAGAGCAUACAAGAGGAUGGAUCGCAACGCAGAGUACGAGCCGACGACGCUCUGGGUGCGGAGAGUUACUGGCUAG